AUGAACCGAUGUCUUGGUUCAGUAAUAGCCGACUGGUUUGAAAAGCUUUUUGUCGGAACCGUGCGCUUCAAUGUGCUUCUGUUCUUGUGGGAUCAAUGGUUUGUGCAACAAUUCCGUUUUGAUGUGUUCGAACGCAUGAGUCGUGUAUUGAUCAAGCUCAUGGAAACCGAUAUUCGACGAGCUGUGACGACCGCGGAAUUGAACGAGCCUCCACAAAGUUGUGUCAUUCGAGUGACCAUAGACUAUUUGAUUGCUGGUCGACUGGUAGCUUCCCGCUCCACUCUGAGUGAUUCACAACGGUAUUUUACGGGCACAAUGACCUCCCCGAAACUCCAGUUGAAUGUAACGGAAGAAGAUCAGAUUGAAGAAGAUCUACGUCCCGAGAAUGCGAUCAAUGUACUUUAUUUCCCCGACGAACGCGAAUUGUUGUUUCCAGUAAGCAGAUACAUUUCUCGGAUGUUGUUUUAA